ACCGCUAUUUCUUUUAUCCGCCUCCGGUGAUAACGUUACCUAGCUUAAAACUUCUGUAGCUUGUAUUCAAAAUUCGUGUCUUUUGUUUUCAUUACCAUUUGCCCCAGCAGGCUGUAUAAAACCCCUUUUAACCUCCCAAAUGACGGUCGACGGUGAAUAUUUUAGAGCAGGCAGGGCGGCUCAGUUUGACAAAGCUCAAAAAACUCCGCGGGGAAGUUCCCUAGGAAAUCCCCCAAGACUGUACGGAGAUAUUAUUCUCAACACCUUCGAGGUCCAUUUCGAAAGACACGGGGCUAGAAGCGGAGACGUCAAAUGCUGGAUUAUUAAAAUACUUGUCUGUCAAAUCUACGAAGCCAACUAUGGAUAACGUCAGUACAAACUCUGAUAACGACAUGCUGAAAGACAAACUGCGGAGUUGCAGCACGCUGAACACCCUGUAUCAUGAGACGCGGCAGGAAAUCGACCUCCUGAACAAACAGAUUUAUGUGAAGGACAACAUCAUCGCAGAUUUGAAAGCGAGGCUGGGGAGAUAUGAGAGGAUCUACAUGAAUGUGGGAGAUAACGAGUCUGUGGCCAUCGGGCCGUCCAAGUCUUUGCUGGAGAGCUUGUGUAAAGAAAUAUGCAAACUGAAACAGAAAAGGAACGAUGUGGAGUUCAAGGCAUCUCGACAAACCGAGGAGAUCCAGAGGCUGACUGUGCAGCUCCGAGAAAAGGAGCUGGAGUUGGAGAGCGUCAGGUGUCAGCCGGACCACGAGAAGGACCAGGAGAUCCACCGGCUGCGCUCGGCCCUGGAGGAGAGGGAUCGGUCCGAGGCCACCCGAGCCGUCCUCUGCACAUCCCUGGCGGAGGAGGCUGACCAGCUGCGCAGCCAGCUGGGUGCCACGGUGAAGGUGUGCCAGGAGCUGCUGGCCAGGAUGGAGAAAGAUAAGAAGGGGGGAGAAGGAGAAGUGGAGGAUGUGGCUCAGCAGCAAAAGUCCAAUGAGAUGACAGAGUCCUUCGACAUGAAUGGUGUUACCGCCCAAAUCCGUCAACUUCAGGAGGAGAAUCAACAGCUAAAGCAGCGUGUGGCAUACGUACAAAGUCUGAAUUCCCAGUGGCAGAAGUAUGACUCCAGCAGGGAGGACUAUAUCCGAGGUUUAUGCCAGAGGCUGAAGGAGACCUCUGGGCCGGGCUUGAUGCCUGGGCUUGGCUCUAUAAGCGCCGGCUUGCUUCAUCAGGAGAUUUCCAGGCUCAACGGCUUACUCGAGGAGAAGAUGAGCGAGUGUGCACAAACGAGGAGAGAAGUGGAGGAGAUGAGGAGGCAAGAUCAAGAGCGCAUCCAGACUCUGGAACAGCAGGUCCUCAUCUACGCAGACGACUUUAAGUCGGAGCGUGCCGACAGAGAGCGGGCACAAGGCCGGAUCCAAGACCUGAAGGAGCAGGUUCAUCAGUUAAAACAGCAGCUACACAAACAGGGAGCAAGCAGAGAGAACAGAGAAGUGGUUCCCAUGUGCCGUGUGCACAUAGGACACAGGAUCUCCUCGCGGCGACAUAAGGACUCUUCAGAGCCUCUGUUGAGGGCCACUGCUGAGAUGCAGCAACAGCCGGCCGCUGCAGCGGCGGCGGCGGCGGCAACACCGAGCCCCGCGUGGAACCAAUGUCCAGGCCUGUCGGAGUUACAGUGCCCGCGGUGCCUCGCCACGUUCAGCGACGCAGACGCCGCAGAGUACCUGAACCAUUGUGAAGAGUGUGCCAAACUAUAAACGGAACAACACUCAUUUUUGGAAGAGACAAAGUUAUCUCUCGCUGACAAUAACUGAACACUGAAGAGCAGCACUACACGACAGAAAAUAACCUGAGUGGAGUUUCCAAUUCGGAAAGACUUGACUACAAAUGAAACGACUGACUUGAGAUGUUUGUACAUAGUGAAGCAAAACUGUACAACCUAAAGUUCCCCUGUUGCAAGAAAAUUAGUUCAUCAGGCUUUUCUGAAGUCUGCAUAGUUAAAUAUCCAGCGUCGGGUUCGUAGUGUUCUCCUGUGGCAAUGCAGGAGAUUAUUGUGGUGGGAAAGUGGAUGCCAAUGCAAUAUAUAGAAUAUCAUAUACCUCAAUGUGUCAAAUUAAAAACCUGUUGCACUUUCUUGACAUUUAGCUAAUAACUGAAUCGUACGAGCAAGAGAUUCACGACACAUAAGCUUCUUAUUUUGGUGCUAUUAGUUUGUUUUUGAUUGAACUUUACAUAUUUCUGUCCUGUAAAUUAUAUAUUAACAGAUUUAAAAUAUAUAACAAUUAUAUUAAUAUUUAUUCUCUUUGCAUAAAUAAUAGGAAAAGGCAAAGCAUUCUCGUGCAAUGUUUUAUUGCCUUUUCACCAAAGCCAUGAAAUAUUUUUUUUUUUUUUUUUUUUGGGAUCCAAAAUCUUAAAACGCAUUACAACUGGAAAAGAAAUGUUUGAUCCACUUUUUGUAACAGUGUAUGUAAAGAUUGCAUCCCAACUGACAAUAAUAUGCUCAUUUUUGGGAGAUCUAGUGCUGUCUUUCUUGAGCUGGCACAUUAUUUUUGUAAUAAAAGACUGUUUACCCACA